GAUGCCGUUAAUCGGGUUGCAUUGGACGGACCCAGUCUCGAUACGCCCGAGCUACGCACCGUAAGGGUGACUAGCAUGGACGUCUAGAGCUCCAGGCGAGAAACUAUUGCACGGCCGCCCCACAGAUGGACAGGGUGAACGCUGUCGUGGCUGCUAGAAGCAACGGCUGGCCCGAGAGUUCCUCUCCGGGGACUGAGUCCCGCCAGGAGAAGUACCAGUGCCCUCGCUGCCCGAGCAGCUUCAAGAGACCCGAGCAUCUUAAGCGGCACCAGCGCAGCCACGAUGGCCACAAGCCAUUCGUGUGCUCCGUGUGCCUCAAGCGCUUCUUUAGGAGCGACAUACUCACCCGACACGAGCUGAUGCACCUAGCUCUCCAGCGGGGCAGCGACGGAAACGCACUGCCGCGGAAGCGCGCAUGCACAGAGUGCGCGCGAGCCCGGGAGCGGUGCUCGAGGGACGAACCCUGCCUCCGAUGUGCCUCGAAGGCCCUAGUUUGUCUGUACCCAGACGACGCGACGUUAUCCUCUAACCGAAUCCCAUCUAUGGCCUCCUCCCGCUCCACCCACGCCAACGCCAAUGGUACCGGGAUCACCAAGAAUAAGGAAAAGAUGGAAGCCGCAGUGACUGACUCCACAGGCAGGACCGGGCAAUGUGGCCGGCUACCGCUGUCACUGUCACCACUAGACGGCCUCGGAGCUCGUUUCAUGACUUCUUCUCCGCCUUCGGCUGCUCUAGGCGAGUGGGGUCGUGGGUGUAACGCGGAAGGGGAUAGAGAUUACAGAGAUGACGCGGAGAGCGGCGGCGUUUUUCACGAAUUCCCGCACGCGAUCGGGCUCUCGGACGUGGACGCCGAGAAUAGAAAGUCAUUAUUGGCGACGCCGCAGACGACGCAGGUAGCGCUGUAUGCGCCCGAUUUCGGUAGUGAAGGUGGGCAGCCGCCACCGCCGAUGCAUUCGUCGCCGUCUUCGUCCUUCGCCAGCUGGGUCGACGCUCGACCGCGGCGGAUUAACCUCAGGGCGUACGAACUGAUCGCGAGCGGCUUCGAGGAGCUCUGUCUUAAGCGCGAGCAUGACGCGGUGGUGGCGUGCGGCAGCGGCGACGAUAUCUCCGUAUCCCAGCGUACGGCGCGGCAUGAGAUUCUCGUUAAGUUGUACUAUGAGCACUUUAGGCCGGGGGUGGGUUAAGUAGUCAGAUUCACGCUACCGGUGAUACAUAUAUCGAAUCACUCCGCUAUGCUUCGGUGAAGCUGCUGAGAAAUUGCCAUACCUAUGUCAAAUGGCAACGGGCUAUACCCCCACCGGGCUACCCUGCCUUCACCAAGAAACAGCAAACUUUUAACUACGUAUAACGUUAUCAAUAUAAGUCUUUAAAGGUUAUAAAGUAUAUCGUUCGGAUUGUCGUUUUCAGCUCUUUAAAAUGAUGAAACCUUUAUUAAAUAUGG